AUGUCAAUCACAUCAUUCGACACCGCUCCCGGAAGGGGCGGGUUUCUGACAUUCAACUCCUCUCCUCCACGCAUCUACCUCACAAGCACGUAUCCCGCUCCAGAAAAAGCGCUCCUAGCUUGGCAAGAAGAAGGCUACGACGCGCAAUUCCUUCCCUACGAACCGCGCAAGCAAUCCCAAACCGAAUACGUCAAUACCAUCCGAAAGCUCACAGAAGCAUGCCAGCUCGGCGAGCAUUACGCGAUAAUUGCGUAUGGCGAGGCCGCCAGCCUUGUCCUCAAAACAGCACAGAAACCGCUGGCGAAAUGCUGUGCGAUUGUCGCUUUCUACCCGACGCUUCUACCCAGCCCAAAAACCAUGUAUCCGCGAUCGCAUCAAUUGCAGGUCCACGUCGCGUGCUUGAGCCAAGCUAGUGCCAGGCCAGAGAUGUGCGAGUGGAAGCUCUAUCGUUAUGAGAGAUGUGCUUCAGGAUUCCUGGAUCCAUCGUCACCGGCGUACUCGGAAGUAGAAGCCAAUCUAGCUUGGACCAGGGCGCUGGCCAGUAUCCGCAAAGGCUUCGGAAAGAAUGUUGAUUUGGAACCCAUUGCGAUUGCGCAUUGGAACGCGCGUUUUGAAGACGAUGACCCGGAUCGAGCGAGCAUGGCUGUGGCUAAGAACAUGACGCAGGAUAGCCCGCAUGUGACCAUUCUUCCUACGAUGGAAGGCGGCGUGGGAAGAAAGAAGCUGGCUGAAUUUUACGGGGAAUUCUUCGUACCGAGUUUGGUCCCGGAUUUCGAUAUACGCCUGAUUUCACGGACUAUGGGCGUUAAUCGUAUCGUGGACGAGAUGGUUGUGUCCUUUACGCACUCGGAUGAAAUUGACUGGAUACUGCCUGGCGUUCCACCGACAAACAAGCAUGUCGAAAUAGCCAUGGUUAGCAUAGUCGCUGUACGAGGCGACAAGCUCGUUUCGGAACACAUGUACUGGGAUCAAGCCUCCGUUCUGGUGCAAAUUGGACUACUGGAUCCCAAGGCUGUUCCCAAGAAGCAGAAGAGCGACGGGUUGAAGACAUUGCCUGUCACAGGAGCAGAGGCAGCAAAACAGUUGGCGGAGCCACAACAGGGCCAGUACAACAAGUUGCUACAACUACACGGACUGAUGAAUGGAAUGAAUGGGAACUAA